AUGUCUUUCUCCACGUUGAUCACACAUAAGAAUCCUCCAGUGUAUUCAAAAAGCAACCUUCUAUUACCUUCGCGGUUUGCUGAUGAUAUUAUUGAUAGCCCCAUUCUACCUGGAUUGCCUGAUGAUGUGGCAAAGUAUUGCCUAGCACUUGUUCCUCGCCGUUACCUCCCAGCCAUGGGUGCUGUUUGCAAGAAAUGGAGGUCAUUUCUUAAAAGCAAAGAGUUCCUCACUGUGCGAAAAUUAGAUGGCUUGCUUGAGGAAUGGCUGUAUGUCUUAACUAUGGAUUCUGAAGGAAAAGAAAGCCAAUGGGUUGUUUUGGACUGUUUUGGACACAAACGUCAGCGUCUUCCACCAAUGCCUGGUCCUACAAAGGCUGAGUUUGGGGUAGUUGUUCUAAAUGGAAAGCUUCUUGUUAUGGCUGGCUAUUCAGUGAUUGAUGGGACUGGCACUGCCUCAGCAGAUGUUUAUGAAUAUGACUGCUGCCUCAACAGUUGGAGCAAAUUGUCAAGCAUGAAUGUUGCUCGGUAUGAUUUUGCCUGUGCAGAGGUUAAUGGCAAGGUUUAUGCUGCUGGGGGAUAUGGAACGGAUGGAAGUAGUCUCUCCAGUGUUGAGAAGUAUGAUCCUGACACCGACAGAUGGACCCUGAUUGAGAGUCUUCGCCGCCCAAGAUGGGGUUGCUUUGCCUGUGGCUUUGAGGGCAAGCUUUAUGUGAUGGGAGGAAGGUCAACCUUCACCAUUGGCAAUUCAAGGUUUGUGGACGUGUACAAUCCAGAGGGGCAGACCUGGUGUCAGAUGAAGAAUGGCUGUGUGAUGGUUACUGCCCAUGCUGUUCUGGGAAAGAAGCUCUUCUGUAUGGAGUGGAAGAACCAGCGGAGACUAGCAAUAUUCAAUCCAGAUGACAAUUCAUGGAAAACGGUAGCAGUUCCGUUGACUGGGAGCUCAAGUAUCGGUUUUCGGUUUGGAAUCCUUGAUGGGAAACUUCUAUUAUUUUCGCUAGAGGAUGAGCCAGGGUAUCAUACUCUGUUGUAUGAUCCUAAUGCUUCUCCAGGUUUCGAAUGGUAUACUUCUGAGAUAAAGCCAUCUGGCUGCUGCUUGUGCAGUGUGACCAUCAAGGCAUGA